UGUCUUAGGUUACAUUCUUGUAUUAUUUUAAUAGAUAGGAUGUGGGCCCUGGCAGGAAGUUUGGGUGCAAGAGGGGGUUCUGACCUGAAGCCUAGGAGGGGGGCAUAGGAGUGGUGUGAGGUGCAGGCUUUGGUCUUGGUUGGGAGGCACUUACUAUAAUGGCCCCAUGCAGCUCAAAGCCUCCAGCUGCUGCUGGCAGGCUAACCUGUGUCUGCUUAUUUUGGAAAGCAGGGGGAGAGAAGAACAGUGAGUCUCUGUGUGCUGCCUGUAACCAGGAGCAGUAUCCUGUAGCUCCCAAUGGGGCAUCCUCCCCCAAAGGGAGUUUUAUUGCUGUUACCUUCCUGGCUCUUUCUGUAUACAAUAUAUAGCUUCCACCCCCUCCCUUGCCCCGUGUCUGUUCCCAGUCUCCCCCCCCCCCUUCAUUCUGUAUACAAUGUAUAUUCCUCAUCAAGUAGUUUUAAGAGACAAGGAUUCAGUUUUAUAAAUAUGAUUGUAAUCAAUGUUAUGUAUUAUCGGUAGGUAUAUUUAACAUCUUUUUCAUCCUUUUCACAUGUAACUUUAAAAAAAUAGCCAGGUAUUAAAAGUUAACAAUCAAACCUAACAGUUGUAACUUUGCCCAUUGUACUACUCCUUGCAUAACAGAUUGAGGUACACUUUUUCAGAUGGCCACAGGUGCAGAUUUAAAUAGUGAAAACAAUUUUAUCAUACACUGGAUGUCCAAUGCUUCCCAUUCCGGAGUCAUACAAAAUCCUAGUUUCCAUGUUUGGAAAACUAAUAGAGAUAGACAGUCAUCUGGAACUGUAAACGUUAUAAGUCACCCAGUUAAAAUGCUUCAUGUUUCAAACAGCAGUUCUGUAAGUGAAGACUCCAUGCAUGAAGAACGAAUCUUGGAGUCUUGCAGCCCUUGUGGACUUCAGUUAAAUAGAACUGAAACAACUUUUCCAGUUGCAGCAUUUCAUUUGGUCAAGAAAAAAACAAUGUUAACACUUAAAGGUGGUCCAGCUCCAUGGAAAGCUGCUAAAAAUGACAGUGUACGUGAUGAGGUGGUUGAUCAGAAUGAAGCAGAUUACAGUGAUCCACUUCUACAAAAGCUUGAGCAGCUAAAAGAAAUACAACAGCAGAAACAAGAACAGUUGAAGAAGCAACAGAUGGAGCAACUUCAAAGACUCAUGGAAGAGCAAAAGAAACUACUUGUCAUGGUAUCAGGCCAGCAAAGACACCCUGGGGAAAGCACUUGGUGUCCAAAACAAAAGAUAGAAAAGUCUGUUGGAGGUGAAGACAGUGACACUGAUCAUUUACGUUCAAGAAAGGUAGAAUUUUCUGAAAGUCCCAAUGGAAGAAAAUGCUUACAAGCAGCUAACAUAGAGGAAAGGCCUAUUAAAGCUGGGAUUCAGGAGAGGAAACAAACAUUUGAAGAAUUCCUUGAAGAACAGAUACGACUUGAAGACCAGCGCCUGAAGCAAAAAGAGGCACAACAGGAAGUAAGUAGGUCAUCCUUUCAGAAACCACUGACAAAACGACCUUUUCUGAAAAGAGGAGAAGGCUUAACUAGAUUCACUAAUGCCAAAUCUAAAGUAAGUAAGUAUAAAGAAUGCAAGCCGAUAACUCUCACUACUUCGGAGGACAGACAUGUUGUUAAAGUGGACAGACCACAAAUACAACGGAAAACUGCACCUUUCAGCAAGGAACAGGUUUCUGGGAAUUUUGCUAUGCCCUCUAAAAAUAGUAAUCGAACUGCUAAAUCAACAAAUGAUUUGGUCUUCCCUGUUCAGAGGGCCAUGGUACUCAAGAAUCAUAAUGGAAAAAGUAUAGCAGCAUCAACAGCAAGACUGCAGACUGAGAAGAAUAUUGAUGGGCAGCUCAGAGACUCUCUCAGAUCAGAAAUUAAUAGCAAAUUCGAAAAUAAAGAAAAUAUAAUGGAAUUUGCAAGGCCUGCUGAAAUUGGCAGCAAGUUCACAAACAAAUUUUCAGAUCUAGAAAAACCUCAGUUGCCCAUAGCUCUUUCUAAAUGUUGCCCUGUAAAUGAUUCAGAACUUUCUUUUGAACUUUCAUUCCAAAAUAAGUUGGAAAACUGGGAAAAAGAAAAGGAAAAAGAAAACAUAGAAUUAGAUGAGUUUUUGUUUCUAGAACAGGCUGCUGAUGAAAUCUCUUUUUCAAGUAAUUCCUCAUUUGUACAAAGGAUUUUGGAUCGAGAUCAGCAAAUUUCAAAAGGCCGUAGAAUGUCUUCUACCCCUGUCAAAGCAAUGCAGCAGAUGAAUGCACUGGAUAUUAUAAGUAACAAAAAUAAAAGAGAAAUAAUCUUACAAGGAAAUAAAAGUCACAGGGCAGUUACACAUGCAGUCUUGGAUUCAAGGGCGUCUAUUAGAUUAAAGGACCAAUUCACUAAAACAGAUAGUAAAAUGUCUCAGGUUUUUUCCACUGCAGCAACUCCAACUUUAAAAAGCACUGAAUGGGAUGUAAAUGAAGAUAAGGAUGAUGGAAGCAGUGUCAUUACUACAGAGUCUGAGGAAGAACUUGAGACCACCUUAAAAUGUGCAACUGAAGAUGCUAAAAAGUUCAUUUUGAGCAUCAGAGAAGAAAAUCCAGAAUUUUGUGAUUGCACCGGACCAGUCAAAGACCUCAGCAAAGAAAGCAAAAGUAGGGAUGUUGAUCUUGACUUAUCAGACAAAGAUUAUAGCAGUGAUGAAUCCAAUGUGCUACCAAGUCAGAGCAAUAGCAAAGUGUCUGACUUGCAAAUAAGUGUUUCAUGUGCAAAUAGGAAUAAGGUUGAGUUUGAUGAUGAAAGAACAUGGACUGACCUUGAAGAAAAUGAGAUUCAGCGUGAAGUACUCCAAAAUGAUAUCAUUAAAGUACCUCCACAAACUGACUCUUGUAAUAAAAAUGAAAUGGCUGCCUCAGAUAAAACAAUAAAGAGGAAGGUUGCUUCAAUAAAGAAGGGAGAUGAUUUGCCCAAACAGUGUGUGACAGAUGGUGAUGCAAAUGCACCUCCCACAUCGGACCUCAUGAUGAAACUCUUUCCUUCGCUGAAACCAAAAGAGAAGCCAGACUGUCCUGCAAGCCAUGAAACCAAAUCAAAUAUAGGAAAAGAAGAACCAGGAGGAGACAUUGUUCGAUCCCGGAUGCUAAGAGAGAAGCUUGUUGAGUUGGAAACAGAAAUUGAAAGGUUCAGAGCUGAAAAUGCAUCUCUAACCAAACUCCGUGAAGAGCGAGAGAGCGCCUUAGAAAAUCUCAGGCGAGAAAUAGCAGACUUUGAACAGCAGAAAACAAAAGAAUUGGCUCGGAUAGAAGAAGUAAAAAAGGAAGAAAUGAGAAAACUGCAAAAAGAGCGUAAAAUUUUUGAAAAAUAUGCCACAGCAGCUAGAGCAAUGCCAGAUAAAAAGGAACGUGAUGAAAUUCAGGCUUUAAAACAGAAGCUUGCAGACUUGCAGGAAGACUUAAAGAGAAAAGAGGCAAAAUGGUCAACUACUCAUGGUCGUCUUAGAAACCAGAUAGAAACCUUAACAAAGGAGAACACUGAGUUAAGGGAAGAGAUCAAAAUCAUGGAAAGAUUUCGUUUAGAAGUUUGGAAGAAAGCAGAAGCUUCUGAAAGCAGCAGGAAAGCUGAAAGUUCUGGAAUUAAUUUGAAGAGAGCUGAGUCUAUAGUACGUUGUGCUUGUUUUGAGAGUCCACCAACUAGACUGCAAAAAAGCCAGAUUCUGUCUCCAGUUCCUCAAAUAGAAAAGAACAGCAAGAAGAAUGGCAAAGGUUAUUCACCAGGCAAAGGAAAGCCUUUUAGAAGACCUAAAUCAGCACCUGUUAGUGAUGGGAGUAACUUUGACAAGACAACGAUGACACUAGAAGACUCCUCUAGGACUUUUAUGAUAGACAGCAUUCUGGACAUGUCUCCUACUGAAACAUGUAUGCCAUCAGAGUCCCCUACUACUGUGUCUACAAGCAGUGAAGAAAUACAGGAGGAAAUUAACUAUCCUGAUGGAAAGGUUGAAAAGAUUUUAAAAAAUGGCUGCCAUCUUCUAUUUUUCCCUAAUGGAACACGAAAAGAAGUGAGUUUGGAUGGAAAGACAAUAACUGUAACCUUCUUUAAUGGAGACGUGAAACAGGUUAUGCCAGAUCAAAGAGUGAUUUACUAUUAUGCAGAUGCCCAGACAACUCAUACUACGUACCCUGAUGGAUUAGAGGUUUUGCAUUUCUCAAAUGGGCAAAUAGAAAAGCAUUACCCUGAUGGAAGGAAAGAAAUUACUUUUCCUGAUCAAACGAUUAAGAACUUAUUUAUGGAUGGGAGAGAGGAAAGCAUUUUCCCAGAUGGCACUAUUGUUCAUGUGCAGAGAGAUGGCAGCAAAACUAUAGAAUUUAACAAUGGCCAGAGAGAGCUGCAUACAUCACAGUUCAAGAGACGUGAAUAUCCAGAUGGAACUGUCAAGACUGUAUAUACAAAUGGACACCAGGAAACAAAAUAUGUCUGUGGGAGAAUAAGAGUUAAGGACCAGGAUGGUAAUGUUAUAAUGGACACCAAGUUAUAAUCUAUAGCUUAUGAAACUAUUGUAAGCAUCUAUCACAUGUAGCAAAAGCGUGGAUGUGUAUAUUUGUUAAAAAAAAAAACUCUACCCAAUGUACAUUUUGUACAUAAUUUGUUUUUGAUUGUCUAAAAUAAAUUUAUUUUUAUGAUAAACAGUGACAUUGAGAUGUCUCUGACUUGCUCUAUCAAAAGGGCUUAUUUUGAUAAAUUUCAGUCUGCUUUCAUAUGUGAGAGAGCUAACCACUUCCUAAUUUUUCUUUCAAGUAGCAUACAUCUAAUUAAUUAUCACUAGAUGCAGUAAAUCUUGUUCAUGGAAGAAACCAAGUGCUGUUGUCAACUACAGGAGUUGCCAUCUAAAGUGAUUAAAAUCUUCUGCCUGAGGUCUCAAGGAGACUUUAUAUUAAACGUGGAAGAGAGAUGUUAAAACUAGUUGCCAGCUGGUAAGGUUUUUGGUGUUACAAGCUUCUAGCUAGCUAAGAACAUAAGACCUAAGUAGCACGUUAUGCUGCAAGACCAACUGAAGCAGAAUCUAAGCAUCAGUGGUGCUUAUCAUCACUUUAUUUGGGAAGCAUGUGAAAUGUGAACCUAGUAUUUGUUGAUACUUGGGAUUCAUCAAAUGGACUUGCUGCAUGGCCAGAAGAAGCUGAUUACUUUACAGCAACCUGAGUUCAAGUUAUGUCCCUAGAAGUGCUCCUGAGUGCAUGCAUGCUUGUGCACACUCAACUGGGCAUGUUACAUAGUGUUUACAAGCUCAUGCUUGCACAAAGCAGCUCCAGCUGCUCCGAGAGGAGCAUCCAGGAAGGUACAAACCUGCUGCCACUCAGUUCCUUAACUAUGAAGCUAAAUUCCACAACAGAGGGAAAGGAGAGCCUGUAGGAAGAAAACAUUUCAAAGAUCCCGGCACCAGGGAUCUUCACAGCAGUGGUCGGUUGGGCCAUGCAUGCAUGGUAGAUGUUCUGAAGUGUUAACACCUAACACAUCAUGUGCUCGUUCCUUCUCUACACUGUCAAGAAUCUGGAAUCUGAAGUAAGGGGGGGGGGAGGGGAAGUUGUGGAGUACCCAUAAGGACACGCCUCUCGAAGAAACAUCAUUACUGCACAAAGUGAGUAACUUUUGUAAGUGGUGUCCCUGUUACUAUAUUGUCCUGUAUUGAGAGUGGAAGAGAGCACAGCUAGACUGACUGCUGUGCCAAGAAUGGGGCUGGAGAUGAUUGCAUAAUGUUUUGCGAAGGGUGUGCUCUGAGGUCCAGGUAGCAGCCCGGCAGAUGUCUACUAAGGGGACAUUAUGCAGAAAGGCAUCUGAGGUCACGGUGGCUCAAGCAGAGUGAGUCCUUACAUUGGCAGGGGGGGUUUUGUCAUGGAUACAUGUGGUGAUUUGCAGAACAGUUUCAUUCUAUAAUGUAAAAAGCAAUAACUUGUCAGACCUACAAAGUGCAGGGUGGCUUCUUGGGGGUCCUUGUGUGGUUUGGGAUAGAAUACUAGUAAGUUUAUGGAUUUAUUUAAUAUGAAAGGCCCCUUCUGGUAAGAAUGCUAGGUGUGGUCACAUCUCGAUUUUUGUCUUUGAAUCCCCUUACACUAUUAUCAGCCCUGAGAGCUUUAAUCUCAUUAACUCGUCUGGCCGAUAUUAUAGUUACUAAACGGUGUAUAGUUACCUUCAUUGACAUGUAGUAGUAAGCAAGUAGCUAAUAGCUCUAAGGGUGGUUGAGUGAGGGUUUUGAGGGUUCAUGAUGGGAUAAGCUGUCAGACUGGAGGGCAGACAUCUUGGAUGCCUGUCAGAAACCAUCUGGUGAGUGGGUUUGCAAAAAUGGAAAAAUCCAUCUAAUUUUUAUGAAAGGCUGUAAUGUCAGCAUAAUGAACAUUUAGUAAGCUGACCACAAAGCCUGACUGUUUAAGUUCAAGAAUGUCGUCCAAUAUGAUUGGGAGUGAUGUUUCAGUAGGGAGGAGUUGUUUGUGCUGGCACCAGAGAGAGAAUCUUUUCCACUUAUGGAGGUAAAUAUUUCUUGUGGUGGAUUGAUGGCUAUUUAACAGGCUGUGUUUUAUUCCCUGUGAGCAGGUUACUUCUUGUUGGAAUCACAGAAGAGCCAAGUUUUGAGGUGAAGCGACAGCUGCAUCUACAGUGAUGGUAGUGGGGAGGGGGAAGGGGAAGGCUCUUUGUUGCAGUGACUAAUCACAUCUAUCAGCAGGGAAUCGAGUUGUGGAUGUGAAAAUGGGAAGUCCAUGUCUUUGUCAGCCCUUUUCUUGGUUGGUGGUGCUGAAGCAGGAGUUUGUCAGAAAUUCUUUGUGGGCUCCAUAAUGGCUUCAUCUGUGAGGAAGAGGCAUGAGAAGCUUUGCUGUGGUGCUCAGUCUACAGCCACGGACAGUAGAGAAGGAACUGAGGUGGGUCAGGCCAUCUGCAUGUUAAGCACUAACACCUCAAAGCUGCUACUAUGCAUGCAGAGCCUAACCGACUACUGCUGUGGAAAUAUCUGAUCUCGGGUUUUGGGACAUACUGACACCUAGAGUGGAGUAAGGAUGUGAACGACUAAUCGACUAUCUGAUAUACAUUUGUUUAUCGGACAGUCAAUAUUCUAGUCACUGACAAUCAUCUUGAUAGGGUAAUAUCAUAAUUCGGUUUUUGCCUAAGUGUGCCAUAAUUACUGCAAGUACUUUUGAGAAUACUUGAUGUGGUCGAGAGACUGAAUGGUAGCACUCUAUAUUGGAAAUGUCUGCCCUUUAUUAUAAAACGAAGGAGAGUUUGUUGUGGCUGCGGAGCAUCUGUGUGGUGUGUGGAUUGAUAUGUGGAAAUAAGCAUCCUGGAGGUUGAGGGUAGAGAGCCAUGCUUCAGGGCAGGUAUAAUCGUAGCCAGGGUAACAAUCUUGAAGUGUUGGUAUUUGACUUAGUGAUUGAGUUUGCUGAGAUCCAGUAUAGGUCUCCAUUCCCCUGACUUCUUGAUGGUAAGGAAAUAAUGUGAGUAGAAACCCUUGCCCCUGUGUUUCAGUACCUCUUUGAUAGCACCUGGGUUAAGAAGGUGCUCUGCCUCUUGAAAGAGCAGGCUCUCAUGAGAGGGGUACUUGAAGAGGGACGAGUAGGGGUGGGGGGACAGUUGUGAAUGGAAUGCAAUAACUGUUUUUUAUGAUUUCCAGCACCCAUUUGUUGGUGAUGUUUGGCUAGUAUGUUGCCAAAUAAUAUUGAUGAUUCUGGAUGCUGCUUUGGAAAUAUUGGGGUAGUCAGACCCUUGACCAGGACUUCAAAACAUACUGUUGUCUGGAUGUCGAUAGUUGCUGUGCGGAUGACUGCUCUGACAUCUGGUCUGCUGUUGUCGUACGGUCAUUGUUUGGAUAAACGACAAAGGCCUGUAUCUUUGUUGGAAUGAUCUAUUCUGUUUCCAUUUUAUACUAGGUUCCUGGAUGCCCAACGUUCUGAGUGUGGACCUUGAAUCCUUCAGGGUAUGGACGGACGUGUUUGUGGACUCUGUGAAGAGUUUUGUACCCUCGAAUGGGAAGUCUUUUGGUAGAUUGGACCUCUUUCGGAAAACUGGAGAGCUGAAGCCAGGAUGCCCUUCUCAUAACCACAGCUGAAGCCAAGGAUCUGGCUGCUGUCUGCAGAGUCCAGUGCAGCUUGUAGGGCUGCGUGAGCUAUUAGUGUUAGUUCCUUAACGUUUGCUCUGAACUGUUCUCUCUGUUCUCUCUUUGUGUCAGGGAUGGAGUCAAUAAAAGAUGCAAUUUGCUCAAUAUGUGGUGUGUGUAUUUUGCUAAUAAAGCAACGUAGUUUGCUAUUCUUAUCUG